GAAAGAACUACACAGAGUACGCCUUCCUGUCUCACCCAUCCGGAAUCUAAACAGCUACUGUAGAAUUACUUUGGUGCCGAGAGGAGUUGGAGGCUGGUGCAUCACGGUGUCAGGGGCUUAAAGGAAGGAUGACCCAGAAAUUCCUCACCUCUUGCACAACCACCAGUGCUAUCAACAUUCACUGAGGGAGCCUUCUGGAUUCUUCCAGUUGGGCCCCGUAUAACUAGUGGCCCAAAGCCAAAGAUUGGAUGCUUCUCCCAACCCAGCAGGAAGAGACAGAGGGACUGGGCUGCAUUUGGAUCAUCCCCUCCGAGAGGAAAUGGCUGAAGGGAAGGAACACGAGUUCUCCACCCCAGAUCUCCAGUUCCAGGCGGCGCUACAGCAAGAGUUGAAGUCUGGCGUGGAAGUGGAGAGGAAGGACUCGGCAAACCCCAAACCCGAGAUGGGACCCAAGGGAAUAGGGAAAGCCCCACAUGUGCCAGCUCAGGUGGGGCCCAUUGGGCACGAGGGGCUGUUGCAGAUCUGGGAAGCCCAGUGGCAGGCAUUUCUCAAGGCAAUGGAUUCUUCUCACCCUGGCAUGGGGAGUCCUCAGCUGCUAGAAGCGGCUCCAUGGGGAGAUGCGAGGGCUUUCCUGGCCUCCUAUGAGGGUACCGCUGUGGCCGGCCAGCCGUCUCCAGAAGGACAUCCCAUGAGCCUCUUUGGAGCAGCCCAGCAGGCCCAAGGCAGGCCGCCGCCAAGAGAGAAGGGAGAGGGCAGGAAAGUGAAAGAAGAGAGGGAGAGGGAGGAAGCCAGCAGCCUGGAGGUGCGGCGCCAGCGAUUCCGGCAGUUCUGCUUCCCUGAAGCAGAGGGACCCCGAGAGGUUUACAGUCGGCUCCGCGAGCUUUGCUAUCAAUGGCUGAAGCCGGAGAAGCGGACCAAGGAGGAGAUCUUGGAGCUGGUCAUCCUGGAGCAGUUCCUCUCCAUCCUGCCUCAGGGGAUCCAGAACUGGGUCAAGGAACGAGGUCCGGAGACCUGUGCCCAGGCCGUGGCUCUGGCCGAGGAUAUCCUGCCAAUACAGCGAGAGGCCAAGAGAUGGGAUCAGCGGGAUCCAAGUGUUUUCCAGGAGGUGGUUGUGAAUUUCCCUGAUGAAGAGGCAGCCCCUCUGGGGAGUGUACACAGACAGAUCUGGAACGUGGUGAAGCACGAGAGGGAAGGAAAUCCCAGCUUGGUGGGUAAGAGGUGCUUGAGGAAGAAUGAGAUGUCUGGACAGAAAAGCCUUGAGCAAGAGGAACAGCAGGGGAUGUUGGAGGAAACAGUAGCAGAGAAUGGCACCAAGCAUCACAAACCAGCAGAAGCUACUGAGGCCCUGUGGGGAACAUGGAGACAGCAAGGGAGCAGCCCAGGGCAAAGGAUGGACAAAUCUGUUCCUGGGAAGGGGAGCUACCAAGACCUAAGUGAAAUCACAUUUGGGGAAGGACAAAUGAUCCCAGCAGAAUAUGAACAGAGCUCAAACCUCAUGACACACACUAGAGUUCAUGCAGAAGAGGAGAAACCAUACAAAUGUUUGGACUGCGGGAAAUCUUUCCGCAUGAAGGACAAACUGAUCAGGCACCACAAAACCCACACAGGAGAGAAACCAUAUGAAUGCUUGGACUGUGGCAAAUCCUUCAGCACCAAGUACGGCCUCUUUCGGCAUUACCGAAUCCACCGAGGCGAGAAACCCUACGGAUGCUCAUACUGCGGGAAGUUUUUCAGGAUGAACUACGACCUCAUUCGGCAUCAUCGAACCCACACCGGGGAGAAACCGUUUGAAUGCUCGCACUGCGGGAAAUCCUUCGGCAUGAACUCCGAUCUCAUGAGGCACCAGCGGAUCCACACGGGGGAGAAGCCUUUUGAAUGUUCAGACUGUGGCAAAACCUUCAAUGUCAAAGGCAGCCUCAUGGCCCACAUCAGGAUCCACAAGGGGCUCAAGCCAUACGGAUGUGCUGAGUGUGGGAAGUGCUUCAACCAGAGCUCAACCCUUAAGGCCCAUCUGAGAAUCCACGCGAGGUAGAGCCCAUAUAAGUGUGGAGACAGUGGAGGGAAUCCCAACGUGAGUAGUUUAUCUUGGGUACCAGGAGGAGCAUCUCCUCCCAUAUAAAUCCUCCCCUCCAAGAAGGGACUUGGAGGUCUUCUGGGCCAACUCUCACUCCUUCUGGAAAAGUUCUCUUCUGUAUCCCAUCUUUCCAGGAAAUACCGCUGUGGAGUGCCUGGAUGAGGACCUUCUCACCUGUGGAAUGCUCAUGAGGCCUACUUCCUGGUAGAGCCCUAAGAGGCCUAUUAAGCGACAGUCUCUAGUAGAAGCCUCAAGAGGCCUACUAAGCCACUUCAUCAGUUAGACAGCUUGUUUAGUCUUUCUGUUUAGCCAACCCCUUUAGGUGCUAAGUUAUGUUUUUUAAACCUGCUGUUGCGGUUUCUUUGUAUUAUUGAUUGUUCUGCCGUUUUUCCUUAAGAAACCACAUUGUUAUGGCCUUGAAAAGCCAUUUGAUAUAGGUUAAUGACAACUGUAGGUAGCAGAAUCCGUGUAGAAAUGGGAGUUCCGUGCCUUCCUGCCUUGUGGGAAAUCCUCAGACCGAAUUUUGGAUGACACAACACAUUCAAAUAGUACAGUCAAAAGGAAGUCAAGCCACAUAAGCGAAGUAGAAACCAUGUAUAAGCUACUCUGACCUCUGCAGAAGAGAAGUGGGAUAUAAGAAAGGUAUGUGCUCUGGCUGACAUCCAGAUUAACACUGCAGUAGCUCAAUGAUGCACCCAUGCAAGAAGGCCACGUAGCUGCGCAGAUGCUCAAAGCUGACCCAUCUCUUUUGCUCUUGGUCCACUUGCACAAGUGUUGCAACAAGGACAGCAGAUCGCUUUUCCUCAUGCCCUGCAAACAUAUAUGGACUGAGAAGAGGCUUCCUCAGUCCCCUAACUCAGCAAAGUGGCACUUUUAAAAGUGGUGAUUCUCUUAUAUGGAGGAGAGCAGCUGUCCCUAUCCAACCCCAGCGCAGCAUCCCUCCAUUGGCUGUUCCUGGUGUCUACCUUAUGUUUCUUUUUCGGUUGGGAGCCUCUUUGGGACAGGGAAACAUCUCAUUUUUGCUAUGUUUCUAGGUUUUAUUGGAGAUGUUGAAAAGCCUUCCAACAAAAUUUGCCACCAUUCCCGUGUGUGGUGAUACCCUCGCCCUACUUCUCUUGGGUGCCCGCCUCAAAGUUUCCCUCCUGCUCCUCGGCCUCAGCGUGUUCUUCUCCUUCUCCUGCUCCUUCAACUCAGUCUCCUGGGCAUCCACUUGGCCUUGACCCACUCACCACACCUAGGCCUGUCCUCCCCCCACCCCGUUGUCUUUUUUAGGACUUGCCAGCUCCGCCAAAUCCCUCUCUGUUCUUCCCUUAGAGUCGGAGAUUGACCUGAUAGGGCUACCUGAGCUCUCCUGAGUUAUUAUCAGGGGAGGCCUGCUGACGGCAGGCAGUGUCCCCACUCUGUGGAGUCUCCCUGUUCCCUCCCUUAGUUUUAUUAGGACAUACAGUAUGAGUUGGCCUUGGCUGCACUUUCCCUGCAUCCAGGCAGUUGCUGCCCAGUUACUGCCGUCAGAGCUGGGUUGUUUUUGUCUUUGUUCAUACCUUCGUUUGUUUGGGGCGCAGCUCUUGUUGUUCCUGCCAGCUGCUGCUGUGAUCUGCCUCCCUCUUCCCCUCCUGGCUUUUCAGUUGACCUUCUACUCUGGGGCUCCGCUGGUGGUGGUUGUUGGUGAUGUUCAGGGGUCCUCUCCUCCUCCCUUCCCUGAGGUGGUGGGGAGGUCACCCUCCCUCUUGUGCCCUUGGUGUAGGGAUGUGCAUGGAACCAGUUCGGAAGCCCGUUUAUGUACAUCCAAACCGGUUCGAAUGUCCGUCGGUUUGAAGGCGGGGGGGAUACCUUUAAGGACCGGGGAGCAUGCUUUACCCACCCCCACUGACUCUGCAUUUUAAAACGGUCCCGCAGGGCAGCAGCGUACCUCCUUGCUGCCCUGGUGGUUGUCAGACCGGAAGUGGCUG